AUGAGUGAAGGUACUGCUACCACUAACAAUAUUACUCCUGAAGAUACUAAUAACAACAAUAAUUAUGCUGAUGAUAGCAUCAAUAAUGACGAAAAUGACUUCAGCAAUGACAAUAUUUAUCAAAUGGAUGCUCAAGAGAUGAAAAAAAAAGUUGAAGAAUUACAACAGAAGAACACAGCAUUAGGGUUAUCUGUACAAAGAUCAAGACAUAUAGUUAGGCGUCUUAAAUUAGAAUAUGGUGUACUAUUAGAACGAUUAGAAUCUCGUAUCAAGAUCGAUCCUGAGUUAAAUUACCAAAACCCUUUACCAACAUUAGAGACUUUUAAAAAGGAAUUGUUUAGUAAUCCAUUAAAGAAGCCUAAGAGUAAAAAACAAAGAACAAGAGAGAGAGAUCCUAAUAUGCCAAAGAGACCUACAAAUGCAUAUUUAUUAUAUUGUGAAAUGAAUAAAGAUAUAAUUAGACAAAAAGGUUCCUUUGAUGUAACUAAAGAUUUAACAGAAGGUUGGAAAAGUUUAAGUGAAGAAGAAAGGGCACCAUAUUAUCAAUUGUAUAAUGAGGAGAAAAAACGAUACCAUCAAGAAAUGGAAGAAUACUACCGUAAAUUAGAGAAUUCUGGUCUUACAAAUAAACCAGAGGGAGAAGAAGAAGGAGAAGAAGAAGAUGAUGAUGGAAGGGAAGAAGACGAAGAGGAAGAUGAGAGGACAGAAGGACAAAAAGAAAGAACAAACAAGAAAGAGGAAGGUCUUGAGGAGGAAAGAACAAGAGAACAAAUUAAGAAAACAGAUGAGAAAGAAGAAACAGAAGGACAAUCUGAGAGAACAGACAAAAAAGAAGAAGGUAUUGAGGAAAAAAGAGAAGAGGCUAAUACAACAGAGGAUGUUGCAGAUAUUGCUGAUAGUAAAAUUAUGAAUACCACAGACAAUGAAACAAGUAAUAGCGAUAGUAAUAGUCCAAUGAAAGAAAUAACAGAAUCUGUCACUGCAAUACAAAGUGAUUUCAAAAAUAUUAAGAAACAAACAUCUGAUAUAUCAAACCCAAUGACUUAA